AUGUUCAAGAUCCUUAGGGCUUUUCAGAGUCGUUAUCUAAAGGCUCGACAUGAGAAGCGACGAAGUUUACCGACCCUACCUUACGAAAUUUGGCUUAUGAUACUAAAAAUGGCCUUAUCUUCCAAUAUCAUCGUCGAAAUGGAUUUCGAGCCCCUCCAAAUUGAGGCCGGUUUCGCAUUCAUCUCAAACCAAGCCCUGAGUUCUCAACAGGGUGCUCAAAAGUUGGCGCUUGACAUAAGAAAAAUCCUACGAUUAGUAUGUAGGUCAUGGAAUCAAGCCGUUGACUCGAUCAAACUGAACGAACGAUGGGUGGUGGAUCACAAAUAUGACGACGGGGAGGACUCCUUGCCAAUAGACACUCGCCAAUGUGCGCGUUUGAAUGUACAGUGUCUAGUGUAUCCAAACUCCUCACUGAUUCGCAUACAUUGGACCCACCCGGUGCCUACGGUUUCUCUGCGAAUUUUCGCCAAAGCUUUCGUUACCUCGGCAUACGCGAUGUCCCUCAGAGACAUAGUAUCCUUUCCAGAGGAUAUAAAGGCUCUGGAGCUUCAUUUGGGAGCCCUUAAGGCGGAGAAAGUGAUACUCACAGAUCUACAAACAAUGUCUCCUCGGCUAACCACGCUGUGUCUCACCCUUUCCAGAGUCGAGCUUCUCCAAAUGCCUCUGGAGAUCCCCACUCUCGUGACCUUAUUUCUUUCUAUUCCAUACUAUGAUAGUAGAGACUGUUCACCAACCCCCCGGUGGACAUUUCCGGCACUCCGAAACCUAUCUCUAUUCAGAGACGUAGAUGAAGGACUCACACUCAUGAUGCAGGACACAAACCCCUCGUUUGCGGCCCUCUUAAAGGAUCAUUUCUCACAAAUUGAGUCCCUACUCAUCCAUCCUAUGACUCGACAGAUUUUUUAUGAGGAUUCGUCAUUAUGUUGGAUUCAUAUGCCAAAGCUGCGAGUUCUCGCAGUAAACACUGCCUUGAUUGACUUCCAAUACUUUGGGGAGCCCCUUCCCAAAAGUAAUUUACACAUCCUCAAGUCCGAAUCUGUCCGAGAGAUUAUUCAAUUUCACGUGGAUGUGAUCGAAAACGAGAAAAUAGUAACUGGACUCUCGAAGUAUAUACUCGCCUGCAACCAGUUGGAGGGCAUUACACUAGUAGAUGCUUCGGAUGAACUAAUAAGAGAACUCAAACGAGGUACUCGCACUAAAGAGGUGAAGAAGUUGAUGCACCUAUGCAACAAUUGGCGCAUAAACUUGUGGGAGCAGCACAAAGAUAGUCUCAGUGAGAGAAUUUUGAUCCGUGAUCUUCAUAGAUAA